AUGGCCUCCGCCAUCCAAGACGUGCCAGACCAGGAGUUCAACGGCAUCAGAUAUACCGGCUUCCCCGAGCCACUGAGUCUUCGUCGCAACACCACCCUCCCCCACCCCGACGCCAACCUCUCCCCCGACGCCUGCAUCGAGUCCUUUGGCAACCACCUUGCCCGCUCCUCCUCCCGCCACCGCUUCUCCUCCUCGCGGCGGCGCGUCUCAUCAAAGGGCUUCAUCGACCCGACACAGGUGUACGAGGAUAUCCACUACGUCGAUAGCACCGUUGCCGUUGUCUCCAAACCCGGAUCCUCCUCCUCAAAAGAGAGCACCAGCCCUUCAGACGGCGACGGGGGGUUCAAAUCAAGAGAAGAAGGGGGGAGGUCGUCGGGGGAAACCGAUUCAAGCGAGCGAAAUCACCGGAAGAAGAAGGGCUUACGCGGCUUGUUCCACAAGGGCUGA